AUGGGACGAGCUCCAUGCUGUGAUAAGAAUGGCCUGAAAAAGGGUCCAUGGACUCCUGAGGAAGAUCAGAAGCUUGUUGGCUAUAUUCAAAUUCAUGGGCCUGGGAAUUGGCGUAAUCUUCCUAAAAAAGCUGGACUUCAAAGAUGUGGGAAAAGUUGUAGGCUUCGGUGGACUAAUUAUCUGAGACCUGAUAUCAAGAGAGGGAGGUUUUCUUUUGAGGAAGAAGAAACUAUAAUCCAAUUGCAUAGUGUCUUGGGAAACAAAUGGUCAGCGAUAGCAGCUCAUUUACCUGGAAGAACAGAUAACGAGAUCAAAAACUACUGGAAUACUCACAUUAGAAAAAAACUCCUUCGAAUGGGAAUCGACCCAGUGACCCACACUCCACGGAUCGAUCUUCUCGACCUAUCCUCCAUCAUCGCCACGGCCAUCCGCAGCCACCCAAUCCUCGGUCUCUCGACGUUAUUAAACAACCAAGCUCAAGCUCUAAACCCUGAAUCUCUAAGGCUAAUUUCCACCCUCUUAGCCCUCAAACAAGAAGACCCAAAUGCCAACAAUUCCCAUCUCCAAAAUGAAGAACAUGCUCAAAUUCAAGCUCAAAUGGACACAUUAUCACAACUCUUACAACCCAACGAUGAAAUCAAUAAUAACACAAACUCUUCAAUGAUACCCAUCACAAACUUCGUUGAGUGCUCAAAUUCUCAAGAAAAUAUGAACUUUUUAGCUUCAAAUUUGAGUGGAGAUGAUGUUAAUCAUGUGUACGAUGAUGGCUUGAAACCUAAGGCUUCAGAUUUUGGGUUUGAAUCGGUUAUAACAACGCCAAAAUCAAGCCCCACGCCGUUGAAUUCUUCAUCAACUUGCAUAAACAAUAGCUGCAAUGAGGAUGAGAGAGACAGUUUUUGUAGUAAUUUUUUGCAGUUUGAAAUUCCUCAAGGCUUGGACUUUGCUGAUUUCAUGUAA